AUGGAGUCAAAAUUGUUCCUUUGUUUCGUCAUGUUGUGUUCAGCAAGCAAGCCGAUGUAUUCGCUCCCUAUUCCGACUACACCAUCAUUACUAUCACUGCCGUCAUCACUAUCAACAACAUCAUCGUCUUCAUCACAAAUCAGACUGCAGAUGACGACAUUACGGCCAGCUCUGCACCUGACGCCAGAACCGACAAGAACAUUUUUGUCAUCACCAUUUACCUCCAGUGCAACAAAAUUUGUAAAAAAUGAAGCCGACGCAUAUGUAAGUGAUGGUACUUCCAACUUAUUUGUUAAUGGUGAUAACGCGGCAUCAACCUAUUUGCUGAACUAUCUAGUCAAGUUUGGUUACGAGGUCAACUUGAAACCCAGCAAGGAAGUGGCGAACUCGCAGGACCUGCGUGGUGCUAUCGCUCAGCUGCAGGACUUCGCUGGCCUGCCCCCCACUGGCCUACUGGACAAGGCAACACUGGACUUGAUGAACAGUGCCAGGUGCCAGCUGCCUGACAUAACAAACGACACGAAGCAAUUGAGGAGAAAGAAGAGAUACAACUCAAUAAGUAAGUGGUCGAGAACAACCCUGAGCUACAGCGUUAGGAACUUCCCAACCUCUUCAAAGGACAUGCAGGACCCCUACAAAGUCAUCCAAGCAAUAGACACUGCUUUCAAUGACUCAAUGGGCGAAUUAUCAGCCUCCGUUUCAAACUCAAUAAAGGAGUUAGAAGACUGGUCAGCGGUCAGCAGCUUGAACUUCCAACGAACGAGCGACUCCAACUCGAACAUCCAGCUGGCAUUCUACAAGGGCAAUCACGGGGACGAAGCUGCGUUCGAUGGACCUGGUCUCGUGCUGGCACAUGCUUUCUUUCCUGAAGUUGGAUGGAUCCAUUUCGACGACGAAGAAAUGUGGUCCUCUGAUAACCGCGGUCCAAACUUGCGUCAGGUGGCCACACACGAGAUAGGGCACAUGUUGGGGCUGGGACAUUCCAGUGUUUCCAACUCAGUUAUGUUUCCUUACUACUGGUUCAACAGCAACUUCAAACUUCAGCAGGACGACAUCAACGGCAUUGUUUCACUAUAUGGAACAAAAGGUAGCAAAGCCAACUUGCCGGAUCCGAUUUUCACAACACCUGCAGCCGCUACCAUGACGACAACAACCACCACAACCACAACAGCUUCCAGGCUACCAGCCACAUCACCCCACCCACAUUUCUAUACUCCUGGAAGACCUUUCAUGACCACAACUCCCCCCUUUGAUUGGUGGGUCAAAUCACGUUUCACUCCGACCAGGAAGAGAACUUGAAUAUUUUAAUGAAACCUUUUGAUUAUUUUUUGGUGUGUAAAGGUUCUAUUUAAUUUUGUAAAUGUUCUAUGGUAUAUAUUAAUGAAUAUUUUAUGGUACAUUUAUAUAUGUGUUUCAGGAUAUAUUUUUUUAUGAUAUAAUUUUGUAAAAGUAUUAUAUAUCUUUGUAAAUGUUGUACGAUUUAAUUUUGUAAUUGUUCUCUGAUAUAUUUUAAUGAAUGUUCUGUAUGUUAUAUUUAUGUAAAUGUUUGUUAUAUAUUUAUGUAAAGGUUAUAAUAUAUAUUUUCUGUCAAUGUUUUAUAAUUUAUUUUUGCAAAAAUAAAUGUUUUUUUGGUAAAUUUUUGUAAAAGUUCUAUGAUAUAAUUUUUUAAAUGUUCUAUGGUAAAUUAUUGUAUAGGUUCUUUUAUAUAUUAUUGUAAAUGUCAUAGGAUAUAUUUUCUAUGAUAUAAUUUUUUAAAGGUUCUAUUAUAUAUUUUUUUAUCACAUAUUUUAAUGAAUGUUCUUUGGUAUAUAGUUUUGUAAAGUUCAAUGAUUUAUUUUGUUACGAUAUAUUUUUCUGAAUUCUCUGCAAUGUUUUUGCAAGUGUUCUUUUAUGUGUUUGUGUUCAUCAUCUAUAAGUUCACGUAUUUAUUAAAAUUUUGACAAUUUAUAUUAAGCAGGAUUGCAAUUAAUGUUUUGACCUUAUUUUUAAGAUUUUGAUAUAUACAUUUGCGAACAUUUAAUACGAAGCUGGUCAAUAAAGAGGUUGAUUGUUUAUUUGGGGUGUCGAUGACAACGUUUUACAAUAACCAACAUUGUCAAA